AUGAUGCGUAGACGUAGACCGGAUGGCGGCGCUGUCGAUGGAUCUGGCGCUGAGCAGAUGAUGGCAGCUGGCGCUGAGCAGAUGGCGGCAGCUGGCGCUGAGCAGAUGGCAGCGGCUGGCGCGGUGCAAGCGGCGGCAGCUGGUGAUCGGCAGAUGGCGGCUGCGGGCGCUGAAGGCGAUGCAGCACAGGCGCUUGGGGCGAGAGGAGAUGCAGCUGAGAGAGGCCUGGAACUGGUUGGACAAGAACUUGUACCAGCUUCUCAAGCCUUGGCCUUGAGGACACCGGAUGGGUUGGAGAAAGGGCGAGGGUCAGAAGCUGCAAAGGGCUCUAGGUCACCAAGGGCAGCCACAGAACCAGUUAGCCAGGGUCAGAAGUCAAAGGAGGGUUCAGUCAGAGGCCAAAAAGGAACCCCAAAAGAAAUAGAACCAGAGAAGUGUCAAGAGAUGGCAACACCCAGUGGACAGCCAGUUUCACUAGGUCCCCAUUCCUUUGUGACACCAGAGGGACAGGUCCAAAGUAUGUUGCCACUUUUUUCACCAGAGCAGACGGUGAAACUUCAUGAGAUCCACCAGAUGCCUUUUGCAUCGCCUGCGGCUUCAUGGAAUGGUCCUGCCGUUGGAGAACAUGGACACGGGGGAGCUGAGCGACAAGCAGUUCCAGGUUGGUUCACAGGGUUGCUUCAAUCAGUAGGAUCUCAGCAAGGUGAACAUGAGGCGAGGCAAAGGGAUUACAUGUGGAGAAUGCAAGUUGAGCAUGGCAUAGAACAUCUAGGGGUUCAGUUGCGUGCGGCACAGCAUGAAAACCAAAGACUUCGUCAAGAGCGUCAAGAGUUGUUGGAAGCCUUGGAAAAGAAGGGAUCGUCGAGGUUUACCACACCAGAUGACAAAGCAGCCAACAUGUUGAAAAAGGAGGAAGGGGCAGAGUCCCGGCAAGAAAGACCUUCCAAGGAGGAAGGGGCAGGUGCCCGGCAAGGAACACCUUCUAAGGAGGAAGGGGCAGAGGCCCGGCAAGACAGAUCUUCUCAGGAGGAUGGGGCAGAAGCCAGGCAAGAACAGUCAGAGAGCGAUUCGUCUUCUGAGGAGCCGCAAAGAGCAAGCAGGCCAAAGGAGAGCGUUGACAAGCAGUCCAUGAGGAUCAUGCUCAAGUUGAUGGAGGGCAUGCAGGAGCUUCAGAAACAGAUUGUGAUCUCCAAGGAGGAAGGAAAAGGUGAUGAGAUUGAAGUGGUGCGCUAUGUGGCGGAUCUCCCAAAACUUGCUGAAUGGAAUCCGGAGACGGCGCCUAUCGAUUUUGGUGAUUGGGUGAUUUGUCUGCAUCCUCAUAUGGCAGACUUGAGCUCAACGAGUGAGAUGUGGUGGGACUUGACUCUCUCAACAGCGAGGACUUGGUAUGAUCACCACAUGAAGCUGUCGCCAAUUGAGAGGUUGACGAGCACACCAAGGCCUACACCAGAGUUGCAGCAGAAGAAGUGGUCCCGGCUGGAAAGAAGGGCUUCGUCCUUGCUCUUGAAUGCGUUGCCGCAGACGAUGAAAGAGGAGGUGAUUGCGGCGAAGUCCAUCACAGCUUUGGGCAUUUUGUCUCGUGCGAUGCUGCAGUUUCAACCUGGAGGGCUGACAGAGAGAAGCGCUAUUUUGACGGCGCUGGAAGCACCUAUGGAAGCUGCAACCGUGGGUUCAGCCAUCCAACAGCUGAGACGUUGGAUGAGAUGGAAGCGCCGGGCCCUUGAAGUUGGAGUUUCAAUUCCAGACAGUUCAAUUUUGAUGAAGGGAUUGGGACGUUUGGUGAGGAAAAUUGUUUCCAGUUACCCAGAUCUCAACUUCCGCUUGUCGUUGGUCAAGAGCUCAUUGUUGGUGGAGACAGUUCCAACGUUGGAGACAGUAACCCAGUACAGCGAACACCUUCUUGCAGAGCUGGAGCAGAUGGGACAGCAGGCAAAAAGGAAGGAAGUGAUGGCAGAGAGCCAGCCAAAGGUGAAGAAGUUUGAGGAAGCCUCGGGAAGCAAGCCUGAAGAAAGGACCAGGCCGAAGGGGAAGCCUCAAGAGGAGUUUGAAGGGAGGAGGAAACCAUGUAGGUUUUACCUCACAGACUCAGGUUGCCGAAGAGGUAGAGGAUGUCCUUUUGGACACCAGUUGGAUGGAGAAAGAAGGUGUUGGACAUGUGGAGGAAAGGACCAUAUGGCCACAGCCUGUCCGACCACAGAGGAGUCCAAGCCGAAGGCAGCAAAGUUUGGUUCCAAGACCCCAGAGAAGGAUGUGAAGUCCGCUACAACAUCUCCUGAAAAGUCCGAGGGGCAGUCUGAGGCCACGGGUAAUGGAGGAGAAGAAACUAUGAAGUCGUUGCUGGAUGAAGCAAGUCGGAUGCUCAAAUCAAUGAAUGAAGGAGAUGUCAAAGAAAAGAGACAGAAAGGGGAGGACGCACAAGAAAGGAUCUUGGGCCUACAGAAGCAGCUGGAUGAGCUCAAGAAGGCUUCUAUGCGACCCUUUCGCAUCUAUGUGACGCUGGCAGGUGACAAGGAGAUCUAUAUGGCACUCACUCCAACGGGAGUCAUUGUGGGCGAAGAAGGCACGGAGCCCAUAGUGCCCAUGGGAUUGCUGACUGCAGUCCUUGGAUGUGAAAUCUCAUGGAAGCCAGAAGGUCUUCAGGUGGUGCACCCAGUGCUUGGCAAGUUGGAGGUGGUGGUUGAAGCUGGAUGUCCAAUGGUAUCACAGUCCACGGCCAUGAAGCUCAUCGAGGAGAUUGAGGCCAAGGCCGUGAAGGCCUACCCGCUCUUGUUGAGGGCAGCUUUGGAUGGAUUGGUGAAGGGUUGGAUAGCCGGGCCACCAUGCAGGACCAGAUCGGUUCUCAGACAUCUUGAAGUUCCGGGGGAAGCCAUGCCGAGGCCUCUGAGAAGUUGGAAUGGAGGGGAGUUUGGCAUAGAAGGGCUUUCGAACUUUGAGAAAGAGCAGGUCACCUUGGAUGACACGUUGCUCAUGCGGUUUUUGGUUCUCUACAUUGUGUCAGAGACGGUGCGCAGAGCAGCUGGGCUAGAGACACCCACCACUUUGAUCCUGGAGCAGCCUGCCUCACCCGAACACAAGCCUGAAGUGGUGUCGCUUUGGAGAACACCUCAAUGGAAGAGCUUGGCCGAGAUCUAUGAGCUGCAGACCCAGCGUUUUGACCAGUCAGAGUUUGGGGCCAUAGCUACAAAGCCAACGACUAUAGGAGGAAAUCUGCCACUUCAAGUACCACUUCAAGGAAAGAAAGGGCAACCACGUGAUGUCUCUGGAAUGACCAAGGCAGAGAUCUGCGAAUCGUCCAGGAGAUUGUCACGGUGGCCACCCUUGAUGAUGAGGUCCAUUGCUGUUGCUCUCCAAACCUGCACCAUGGGCGAAGAGGUCAAGUUACGGGCAGUUUCAUGGCAGGAGCACAUUGCAGCAGGCCAUACUCCUUUUAGAAGAGAUUGCAGAGUGUGCCAAGAGGCCUGUGCUCAUCAUCGGCGGCAGAAAUUGCCACCAAAGGCGGGUGUCCUUAGUGUGGACAUCUCAGGACCUUUCAAAGAAGCACCUGAUUUGCAGAAGAAGAAGGCGAAGUAUCUCCUGGUAGCCAGCUUCACUUGGACAGCCAGGAACCAAGAUGGAGAGGAGGAGGUUGAGGAGAUACCUGAAGUUCCCCCAGAUGCGCCGGAGAUUGAGGAUCCAGAAGCAGAGGAGGAGCUACAGCAGAUUGCAGAUCAGGUUGAAAACCCAGAAGAAGGCCCAAAGGAGGACACAUCAGAGGAGCUUGAAGAAAGAAAGCCGGUGAGGAUUGAGGUCACCAAGCUUUGCGAGCCUUUGGCAUCAAGGAGCCAAGAGGAUGUGUCCAGGGCGAUCAUCAACAUGUACAUGCGUCUGAGAGCAGACGGGUAUCGAGUGACACAGCCGCAUAGCGACAGAGGAGCUGAGUUCAGAUCGAGGAUUUUGGAAAAAUGGUGCCUGUCACGCACCAUCCUUCAGACGUUUACGCCUGGGGAUCAGCCCCAAAUGAAUGGACGAUGUGAAGCGAUUGUCCAGCACAUCAAGGCAGCCAUCAGGCGGACACUUCAUGGAGCUGAAGCGCUGACGAAGAUGGUCAUGCAGGGCUUGAGUGAACCACCAAAGUUGGAGGAUUGGAUUGGAGUUGAAGAUGCCUUGAACCCAAUCGAAGAGAGGAGAAGAAUCAGACACAAAGCGUCCAUAUACAUGCUGGAGGUUGAGGACGCCGUGGAAGCAGAUGAACUUGAGAACCAAGAAGGAGAUGGCAGAUCACCAAGUUUUGAGGAGGAAGAAAAGGAUGCAUGGGCCAAGAAACAAAGGGUCCAACGUUUGAUAGAGGAGGAGAUGGUUGAGGCCAUGGAAGAUGAUGAGAAAGUUGCUGGCAUGGUGCUGGAUUCCAUCACCAUGGUCAAAGAGUUGAUUGGACCUGAGAAAGGAGAAGAAGUUUUGCAGACACGCAUUGUGUCACAAGCUGAAGUUCGCCGUUCCAUUGAGGCUUGGAGGCCAUCCAUCGAGAAAGAGCUGACCUCCUUGUUUGAGACGAAAGGGGCGCUGAGAAAGAUCACAGAAGCUGAGGUGAAGAAGCUGCUUGACGAAGAUCGAGCAGAACUUAUCCCUAGCAAGCUGGUCUUCACAGUCAAGCCAGAUCAGACCAACAAGGGUGGCAAGAAAAAGACACGAUUGGUGGCUUGUGGGAACUUCUCAGAAAGAGAAGAAGGGCAAGAUCUCUUUGCAGGCGGAGCAUCAGCAGUGGAUGAGAAUGGGGAGAAGAUGGAGCCUAGAAGAGCCAUCAUCCGCCCUCCUGCUCUUCUCAUUUUGGCUGGAUUGGCCAAGCCAGACGAAUUCUACGAGGUCAUCAUGGCCCUCUACGGCUACAAGGAGUCACCCAAAUUGUGGUCAGACUACCGUGAUCAGGAGAUUGCAAAGAUGGAGUUACCAUGCGAGGGUGGCAUUUUGACCUUGCAGCAAAUGAUCACGGAGCCAAACAUGUGGAGAAUGAUGCUGAAGCAACCAGGUCCCAACUUGCAGACGAAUGAGGAAGAGUUUGUGGGACUACUUUUGGUCUAUGUGGAUGAUCUUCUGGUCCUUGGUUUUCCCUCAUCCAUCGCUGCAGUCAUUCAAGGGGUGCAGGCGAAAUGGGAGACAUCGGAGCCAGAGACCAUCAACAUGCAGAAGGAGGUGAGAUUUUUGGGCGCGGAGCUAUGGAGAAGAGAAGAUGGAGCCUGGUUGAUGACGCAGACAAACUACAUCAAGGACUUGCUGAAAAGAAAUCUUGGAGCAGAUCCCACUACGUGGCCGACUAGAAAGAUUCCUUUGGUGAAGGAGCCCGAGGUCAUUGAAGGUGAGGAGAAGACUCCAAUGGCAGUCAAAGAAGCCCAGCGAGUCAUUGGGGAAUUGGUUUGGAUCACUGCCAGGUCCAGGCCUGAUUUGGCUUUCACUGUCUCCAAGCUGGCGUCAUUGAUCACAAAGUCACCUAUGCAGGUUGUGCAGUUGGUGAAACCAGUGUGGUACUAUUUGGCAGCCACCAUGGACCAAGGUUUGAUUUUUCAGAACAACAUGGGCGAGAAGCAGCUCAAUGUGUACACGGAUGCAUCAUAUAGCGAUAUCUCAUUUGGAUGCCAUUUGAUCCUUUGGGGAUCGUCGCUGUUGCUCUGGAAGGCUGGCAAGCAGCCCAUUCAAGCUGCAUCGACGGCCGAGGCCGAACUUGUGGAGGCGCUUCAUCUACGGCUGCUGGCCGUGCUGCUGACGCUGCUGGCGAUGGAAAUACGGCUGCUGGCCGUGCUGCGGGCGCUGCAUCCACAGCUGCUGGCAGUGCUGAUGGCGCUCCAAGAAGUUAUGGAGCAGCUGGUAUUCCUAGCGCUGCAGCUGGCGCGGCAGAUGGCGGCGCAGCAGCGCGUGCUGGUGGUCCGUCGCAGCUUCUUCGAGGACUUGGCCCGCUGUGCCACCCACUUGGCGCCAGACUUCAACCCGCAGAACUGUUCCAACGCGGUUUGGGCCUUCGCGGCGGUGAGCCACGUGAACGUGGAGCUGCUGGAGGCCACCGCGCGGCGGGCUGAAGACUUGGCAGCGGAGCUGGUG